AAAGGACGCGUAUCCAACUCGGUUUCCAAGUAAUUCGAGCUCUCUGCCUCUUUCGAGUCCAACAACAGAAUCACCCAUGUCUGCCGCCCGGAUAUUCAUCUGCUUCGCCUGCCUCAUCGCUGUCAUCAAUUCGUGCCUUAUACCCGACAAGAAGGAAAAUCAGGAGAUUCACGUUUUCCAUAUUGGCAGUCCCGAAAGCAAAUCGGGAAGCGAAUCAGACAUAAUAGAGUUGCAUAUCCCGGACGAAAGACGAAAACGUGGAACGUCCAAGGAUGACAGCGAUUAUCCACUAUUUUCCUGCAAAAAAGAUUCCGACUGCCCGCCGGAUUCUAAAUGUUCAUUCAAAACAUCGCAUUGUCGUAAGAUUCGCAAAUAAUCUUCAACCAGCCAAUCAUCAGGGGCCCGUAAAAACGGUUAUACGGAUGGAGGGAUGUACGAUUUUUUCAUGGCAAGCAGAUAGUGCACGGAUUACUUUAAAGCCAACGCAAACGUCGAAGAAAAUAUUCGAAAUGUAAAUGGGUUAAUAAAAUUAAGGGCUUUGGUUUCCAGAAGAAUUGAUAUUUUUCAAAUAUUUUAACGAUGAAUAUAUAAAUGGAGGCCAAAUAAUAAAUGAAACAUUGAUAAUCUGACAGCA